AUGUGGUCAAGGACGGAAGGGUGGAACAGGCAGAUGGCUGGUGUCGGAGCCGCUUGGAAGGGUUUGAUACAAGCAGCACAAACAAUCUUUUGUAGGAGCUGCAAAAGUGAUAGUGAUACAUCUGUUUGGAACACGAUGAUAUCUGCGAAUGCACAUAAUGAGAUGAUUGAGCAGUCCUUUAUUGUUGUCCAGCAGAUGCUGGAACAGCAUGUCAUGCCCAACGCUGUGACCUUAGCUUCAAUUCUCCCUGCAUGCAGUCACUCGGGAAGUGUAGCACUAGGAAAGUUACUCCACGGUCUUUCCAUUCGCAAUUUCUUGGACAUUAAUGUCUUUGUCAGCUCUGCUCUGGUAGAUUGA